ACAGUUUGAUUCACAAAUUCUCUUCCAUCUAUAAACAAUUCACAGAAAUUCUCUCACUUUCAAAACUCUAGUUUCAGAAUCAUUUUAGGUUACCAAUGGAAGGAACUGGCACUGCAACUGCGAAUGUUGGCAAGGGAGGAAGAAAGAAAGCCGUAACAAAAUCUGCUAAAGCUGGACUACAAUUCCCAGUUGGAAGAAUCACUCGUUUCUUGAAGAUAGGUCGUUACUCUCGACGUCUUGGUUCUGGUGCUCCCGUUUACAUGGCUGCUGUUCUUGAAUAUCUCGCUGCUGAGGUAUUGGAAUUGGCGGGAAAUGCUGCAAGAGACAACAAGAAAUCGAGAAUCAUACCAAGACAUUUGUGCUUAGCAAUAAGGAAUGAUGAAGAAUUAGGGAAAUUACUUGCUGGUGUUACAAUUGCUGGUGGUGGUGUUCUUCCUAAGAUUAACCCUGUUUUGUUACCGAAGAAGAGCGGAAAGGCCGAGGCAGAUAUUCAAAAAUUUCCAGGAAAAACUGUUGCUUCUAAAAAUCCAAAGAAGUAAAAAUAUGAUCUAAUUAGUUACUUAGUAGUAGUGUUCAUAACUUAUUUGGGUUUAAUGUGUAAGUAAUGAAAAUGUAGGCUGCAACUUUGGGUUGUAAUGAAUGCAACAUCUCUUCUUAUGUUCA